CCCUGUGCAUUCACAGGAGGCUGACACUGAUGAAAACCAGGGGUCGUUGACAUUUGAGGAAUUCUGUACCUUUUACAAGCUGAUCUCAACACGCAGAGAUCUUUACUUACUAAUGAUCACCUACAGCAACCACAAAGAGCACAUGGACCUGAACGACCUCCAACGCUUCUUGGAAAAUGAGCAAAAGAUGGUAAAUGUGACCAAAGACUACUGCAAGAUGAUCAUCAACCAGUUUGAGCCAUGUUCUGAAAACCAAACACGUAUGGUGCUGGGUAUUGAUGGUUUCACCAACUACAUGCGUAGUCCUGCAGGGGACGUCUUCAACCCAGAACACUAUCAAGUAAACCAGGACAUGACACAACCACUGACUAAUUACUAUAUCGCAUCGUCUCACAACACUUACCUGACCGGAGAUCAGCUGCUGUCUCAGUCUCGGGUUGAUAUGUAUGCGUAUGUGCUUCAGGCAGGCUGUCGCUGUGUGGAAGUUGACUGCUGGGAUGGUCCUGAUGGAGAACCGAUUGUGCAUCAUGGUUACACACUUACCUCAAAAAUCCUGUUUAAAGAUGUUGUUGAGACGAUCAACAAAUAUGCAUUUGCCAAAACUCAAUAUCCAGUGAUCCUUUCUAUAGAGAACCACUGCACUGUGCCUCAGCAGAAGAAAAUGGCUCAGCACCUCAUGGAAGUGCUACAGGACAAGCUGGACCUGUCAAAUAUAAAUGUGAAUGAGUCCAGACGUCUGCCAUCUCCAGAGCUUUUAAAAGGGAAAGUGCUUGUCAAGGGAAAGAAGCUGCCAGCAAACAUUGAUGCUGAUGCAGAGGAAGGAGAUGUGUCUGAUGAAGACAGCGGUGACGAGGAUGAGGAGGAAGAGGAGCAAAUUAAUGGAGAUACCACUGAAGGAGCACCAGAGACGGGUGAUGAAUCAAAGAAACGCUCACAGAGGUUGUUCAUGGACAGCUUCAGGCGCAAGAAGAAAAAGCGAAUAAAGUUAAAAAAGAGGCCCGUCCUGAGUGACUCCGAUAAUGAGCAGGAAAUUCCAAGCAGUAAUGAUAAACAGGUUAUCAACUAUGGCAAACGAAGGAAAACAAUGAGACUUUCUCGUGCCCUCUCUGAUCUAGUCAAAUACACGAAGUCAGUGCGAGUUCACGAUAUAGAAACUCAAGCAUACAUGUGCAGCUGGCAAGUGUCCUCCUUAAACGAAAGCCUAACUAAACAGAUUCUGCAGCUAAAGCCUGCCCAGUUAGUUCGCUUGAAUCAACGACAGCUCUUACGAGUCUACCCUUCCAACUACCGUGUAGAUUCUAGCAACUUCAAUCCUCAGCCUUUUUGGAAUGCAAGAUGUCAUUUAGUCGCUCUCAACUAUCAAACAGAAGGCCGUAUGCUACAGCUGAACAGGGCAAAAUUUGCAGCGAAUGGAAACUGCGGCUAUGUGCUGAAGCCAAAAUGCUUGUGUAAAGGUGCCUUUAAUCCUAUGCUGGAAGACCCUUUGCCAGGACACAGGAAAUCUCAGCUAGUGCUCAAGAUAAUUAGUGGCCAGCAGCUACCAAAGCCAAAAGACUCCAUGUUAGGAGACAGAGGAGAGAUCAUAGAUCCCUUUGUGGAAGUGGAGAUUAUUGGAUUGCCUAUCGAUUGCAAUAAACAGCAGACAAGAGUAGUAGAUGACAACGGUUUUAACCCCAUGUGGGAGGAGACACUCGUGUUUACUCUGCACAUGCCUCAGAUUGCCUUAGUACGCUUUAUGGUUUGGGACCAUGAUCCAAUUGGACGAGACUUCAUUGGACAGAGAACCAUAGCAUUUAAAAGCAUGAUGCCAGGCUAUCGACAUGUUUAUUUAGAAGGUAUGGAAGAAGCAUCUAUCUUUGUGCAUGUUGCCAUUAAUGACAUCACAGGAAAGGUCAAAUCAAGCAACGUAGUAAAGCAGCUAAUCCAGAAAAACCUUAUGCAGACCUCUGAAGAUGGCACAAGGACAUCCUUUGGCCCGAACUUCCUGCGGAAAGGAGCUGGAAAGAACCAAGCAAAAGUGGUGAAGGGCUCAACUGACUGCUACACCAAAGAGGACUUUCUAAACAGACGUUACAGUGAUGACGUGAGCUCAAAGGACAGCAGGAGCACCUCACAAUCUGCAUCUUUGCUCAGAGGAGCUCAAAGUGAACCCCUUAGAAGGGCCCAUAAGGUCUGUUUUCAGGAGCUGGAAGGAUCUCACGAGGCACGGCGCCGCCUGUCCUCCAUCACAUGUUCUGGUGGAGCAGGAGUGGCUAUGGACUACACCAACUUAGCAUUUGAUUCAAAAGACAGUUUAGAUUUGGACAUUCAGACUUCUGUGGUUCAAUCACACCUCGAGGAAACCAAAGAGCUGACUGUUUCAAAACGAAAUAAACAGGAAUGUGAGUCUACAAACUUAGCGGUUCCCACUUCUACACUGAAUAAUCAGUCCAUGUCGAAGCAGAUCUCAGGUGUUAAAUCUGAGGAUGCAGAGCAGGAACCUGAGAUGUACGAACCUCAAGAGAGUCAGAAAAUUCAGUCAGAACCUACACAAGAGUGUGAACCCUUAAAUUUCCAUCCAAUACCUGAUGGAGUACUAGAUCCUUCCAGUGGAACGUUAAACCCCAGAACUGUGUUGCUCAGGAAUAAAUAUGGACGUUCUUUAGAUGGUAGGCUUAACCCUCAGUGGCAACCGUUGUCAAUCCCUGCAACCCCUGUGCUGAGCAGACGCGUGAAUGACCCAGACACACCGUCUUCCAAAGAUUCACCAUUUAAAGGACAUAGAUCACAAAGCGUCCCGAGACGCCGUCCGCCCUCGCCUCCAAACACACCCCAUCACGUUAGGAAAGACUUCCUCAACCAGCACCCUCUCCCUCAGUGCAGUUACUCUGCACCAAAAAACUCUCUUUAUAAUAAUCACAACCUCGCUGAGAGUGAAUCAAGCAGCCUAAGUAGUUUGGACAGCCUUGACCUGAGUACUCUGCCAUCCCGUUUCCCUGGCAACCAGCAGCAGACAAUGGGCACACUGCAGAGGGAAAUGAAUGCUCUGUUUGAGCAGAAAAUGCGUGAGAUUCGAUGCCAUUCGCCACUGUUUCUCAGAGAUUCUUCAACAUUGUAGAAAAAAAAACAUGCAUUUGAAACCUAAGAAGAAACAGAAAUAACAAAAUUCCACACUGCAAUUACGAGUAUGGACAGAUGCUACAGGAAGAAAAGCAAUUACAUAAAUACAUAUUUGUAUUUUGUACAAGUAUCAUCUUGAUUAAAUCUUACUCGUCAACUCAUGCCAUCUGGACUCAUAAUUCAUUAUUUUUUCUAAAAGGCGCCUGGAAUGUUACAUUU